AUGUCUGAAGAAAAACAAUAUAUUUCAUAUAAUAAUGUACAUCAACUAUGUCAAUUAGCUGCCGAAAGAAUUAAAACUUUUAAACCAGAUUACAUUAUUGCCAUUGGUGGUGGUGGAUUUAUCCCAGCAAGAAUUUUAAGAACUUUUCUAAAAGAAAAAGGGAUUCCAACUGUUAGAAUUUUCGCGAUAAUUCUUUCAUUAUAUGAGGAUAUAAAUUCUGUUGGAUCAACAGUGGAACAAGUUGGUGUUACUGUUCAAAGAACUCAAUGGAUUGAUUAUGAGCAAUGUAAAUUGGAUUUGGUUGGUAAAAACGUUUUAAUUGUCGAUGAAGUUGAUGAUACUCGUACUACUCUACAUUAUGCUUUGAGUGAAUUAGAAAAAGAUGCAAAACAACAAGCAAAAGAUAAAGGUGUGGAUUUGAUUAAAAAUCCAGAAUUAAAUACGAAAUUCGGUAUCUUUGUAUUGCAUGAUAAAAUGAAGCCUAAAAAAGCUGAUUUACCUUCUGAAAUUUUAAAUGAUCCAAAUCGUUAUUUUGCUGCAAAGACCGUCCCUGAUGAGUGGUACGCGUAUCCUUGGGAAUCUAAAGAUAUUGUAUAUCAUACAAAGAUGGCUAUAAAACAAGGUAAUGAUAUCUUUAUGGAAUAA